UUAAAUCGCAUGCUAUAUCACAUAAAUGAACUACAAUAGUCCUACGUGCUCACUGUCUUUCCAGUGAACCUUUCCCCCAUUAGCAGUGCAACACUUGUACAACGUCGCACACGCUGAAGUGUCUAUCUCCGAUGAAGUCAUUUAAUGCCCUAACUUCUACGCACCCUGAUUCUCGCCGUCGUUCCCGAUGUCGCGGCAGCGUCUCUCGUCCCUCAUCUCCUCUGAGGAAUCGUGACAUUUCAGGGUGCCUUAUCUGUCGUCUGCGAAAGAAACGUUGCUCACUGGGGAGCGAAGGGAAGAACAAUGGGUCGUGCUCUGAGUGUAGCAAAUUUCACAUUGAAUGUUUUGGAGCCGGACUCUCUCGGCCUCCGGUGGGCAUAAUUUCACGUCAGGGUCGGAACGGAGAUUCAGCUGCUCUCACAGAUAGACAAGGAACCGGUGCUGAACACAAUAAGCCUCUGGAUAAAGGAGAAGAAAUGGAAAUCGGACCGCCAAUCGCCCCGCCUACAGCUCCCAGCUGUAUUGCAAAGCCUUGAGCCACCUAUUGCUCAACUCGUGGAACAAUUCCCCACAAUUUUCAAUCAUACCAACCAGCUUUCAGUCCCCGUUGCUUCUUACGACGCGUCAUCCACGGAUGAUGAGAAAGACAACGAAGAACGCAAAUAUCCA